GUUAUUGCCGAAUGCACUGGCUCAGUUUUCACUAAAUAAUUUAUUUACCGUAUUACUUUAUUUAGAUUGACUUCAAAGUGUGUUUAGGCAAUUAUAAAUGUAGUUGGUUGAACUGCAGUUGCAACUUGAAUAUUUCAUUCGUACAUUGAAGGUGAAGGAGUGAGCCAUGGAGGUGUCACACUCGCUGACCCUCAACGAGGCGGCGCUGGAGCAGCUGCCUGAUGACAAGAAACCGCACUUUAUCUUUGAGUGGCUCCGGUUCCUUGACAAAGUGCUUGAUGCUGCUAACAAGUCCGACAUCAAGGGCUGCCAACAGAAGCUAGUGAACCAGCUCAUGAGCCUGCUGCGGCAACCGCUCGGCACACCCACCCGGAGACUGCUGGCGCAAUGCCUGGCAACCCUGUUCUCUGUCGGAGACACCUUCCUGCUGUUCGACACUGUCAACAAGUGCAAUGACAUCAUCAAAGUGAAGGAUGACUCGCCUUCAUACCUGCCUACUAGACUAGCGGCAAUCUGCUGCCUGGGCUCCAUGUACGAGAAGCUGGGCCGCAUGAUGGGCCGCUCGUACGAGGAGACUGUCUCCACGCUCGUCAAGUCGCUCAAGAGCGCCGAGUCGCAGACCCGGCUCGAGAUCAUGAACACUUUGGAGAAGAUCUGCGUAGGCAUGGGCACAGCGGCGCCCAUAGCGCUCCGCGAAGUGUCACGGGCAGCGCGCAAUGCGCUGUUGUCAGACCGUGCAUUCGCCGUGAGGGCCGCCGCAGCCGACUGCAUCCGCCACAUGUUGCCGCUUAUGAAGCUUACACCAGCAGACCUGGAUAGCAUUGCCGCAGCUUGCUUGAGAGCCGCCCAUCCUAGCGAUUAUAAACUCAGAUGCGCUGUUGCCGAACUUCUCGGGGCUUUGAUAGCCGCCACUCAAGCCGGAGAAGCUACGCCCGCCACUAAAUUGAAACUUGGACAAGUACCACAAAGCAAGAAAGACGCCCCCAAGAAUGUAGUCUCCCUAGAAGAAGCCCUAAAUCUCCUCAUGGGUGCGUUCCUCCGAGGCGGCACGUCCUUCCUGAAGGGAGAGAUCAUCAAGACCGGCUCGGGGGUGAACCGGGAAGUGCGCGUUUGUGUCACUAAUGCAUACGUAAUGUUCGUACAAAACAUGGGCGGCGUGUGGCUGGAGCGUAAUCUGACGACGUUCCUCACCCACGUACUGGACCUGGUGGCCAAUCCGAAGGCGGCUAGCUCGCACGUUGAUGCUGUGUACUCGAGAAAAUGCAUAAACUACAUCCUACGCAACACGCUCGGCAAGAUGUUGGGCGAGAAGGCUCAAGCGUCAGCCUGCAAGGAGAUCAUACAGAUCGUGAUCAAGCAGAUGAACAGCAUCGACUUCAACCCGGAAAACGCUAAGGAUUGCAAUCAGGAAACUCUAUUCAGCCAGCACCUGCUAGUCUGCGCGUUGACUCAAGCUGGUGAAUUGGCGCUGCUACUGGGAACUUCUGUACAAAGCCUGCUGUCCGAUAGCUCGCUCAACAUGAUCGAUGCUAUUUGUGCUGUACUAGCACACCCGUGCCUAGCGGCGCGGCUGGCGGCUGCGCAGGCUCUGCGCGACGUGUGCGUGGCGUCGCCGGCGCACAUCACGCCGCUGCUGGACCGCUGCGCCGACGCACUGGACGCGCCUAACGCCACGCCGCAUCAUAUUUCCGGAUACUCAGCAGCCCUAGCGGCUAUACUAGGCGCGGUGCGAUUAUCGCCUUUGGGCGCGCCGCACGGUCGAGGCAAAAUCGCCUUUAACGCGGCGGAGCAACUGCUAAGAUCCGCUGGCCAGAGCAGCCGGCUCACGGCGGCUAGGACUAACGCUGGGUGGCUUAUUGUCGGCGCUAUUUGUACUCUGGGCACGCCCGUGGUGAAAGGUCUGCUGCCUCGCAUGCUGUUGCUAUGGAGGAACAGUUUCCCGAGAUCCGCCAAAGAACUGGAGUCUGAGAAGGCUAGAGGAGACGCCUUCACUUGGCAGGUGACAUUGGAAGGGCGUGCGGGGGCGUUAGCAGCUCUUCACAGUUUGUUAGUGCAUUGCCCAACGUUGGCCAACAGUGAGGACACGGCCAAGCGACUCACUCAGCCGAUAGAGGGCGCCAUUGCUGUUCUUACUAAUGUCGGCGGCAUAAUCCGCAACUACGGCGGCGCGCUAAAAGCCCCGGCGGCCCUACUCCGGUUACGUCUCUACUGCGCGUGCAGCCUGCUGGGCGCCGCCGCCGCCGCCGCGCCGCUGCUGAGGCUGCUAGCGGCGGAGCUGGCAGCGGCGGCGGAUACUGGCUCCGCUACUGUUGCCACUGGUAUGCUGCGUCACGCCUUGCACCCCAGGGACACGAUUCUUCUGGGAGAAGCCAGCUGGAUAUACGAGACAGACCACGCUGAGAUUGAAGAACAGCUAAUCUCACCCCUAAGUGCGUCUGGAUCGGGUGCAUUGGAACAUGACCCUUGUGCCCUGUACCUAAGAUCGGACGCACAGCCACUGGGCGUGGCCGUCGUGGACGCAGCCGUUACCCUCUUCCCAUUGGUGUUCGCGAGAGCUGCGAAUAAACACAGACAACAAAUGCUAGAGCAUUUCGCCGAAUGCAUCAAGAUGUCGAAGGGGUCCCGUCAAGAAGCCAUUCAGAUAAAUGUGUACACAGCCUUAUUGAUGGCUUUGAAGACGUUGGCCGAGAUAAAGCUCAGCCUCGGACAGGACAGUGUGAAGACUGUCGCUACGGAGAUGAUUAUGGCCGGCCUAUCCUCCCCGAGCGUGUUAGUUCGCGCGGCGGCCGCGUCGUGCGCGGGGCGCCUCUGUCCGUGCGUCAGCGAGGCCGAGGCGCAAGCUCUGUGGGAGCGCAUACUCAGAGCGCAGGCUGCUAAGGGUGCAUCCAGAGCGGGUCACAUGGCGGCCUUAGGAGCGGUGGCGCGCGCGCGGGGCACGGUCACCGCGGCCGCGCUCACGCAGCUCAAGCGGGCCAGCGGCGACGCCACGCAGCAGCUGCAGGUGUGGUCCCUCCACGCGCUGUGCGUGAUAGUGGACACUACGGGCGGCAUGUUCCGCGCGCACGUCGACUCUACGCUCAGUCUCGCCAUGAAUCUGCUGCUGAACUCUACGCCGCUUUAUGAGGAGUUGCAUAGGUGCAUCGGUCGCCUGUUAUCUGCACUGAUGACUGUGGUCGGCCCCGAAUUGCAGGGCAGCGCCAUGUCGAUGCUGGGCCGCUUCUCGUGCGCGUGCGCCGUGCUGCGAGCAUGCGGCGGCGCCGGCGCGCGCUCCGAGGCGCUGGGCUGUCUGCAGCAGCUGCACCUGUUCACCGACCGCCGCCAGCCGCCCGCGCGCCCCGUGAGUGUCUGUGAAGACCUAGGCAGCAGUGACCUGGUGGUACGUCGCGCGGCGCUCAGCUACAUCCGACAGAUGUCGCAGAAGGAGGCCAAGGAGAUACUGCAGAUCACACCUGAUCCUAACGCCACUUUGAAUCCUUACCGAGGCGUAAUCCUAACCGAAGCGGGUCUCCUGGCCGCCCUAUUCGCGUACCUAGACAUGGAGCGCGACGAGGCGGCGCUGUCCUACACGCGGGACACGCUCACGUGCUGCCUGCUCGCGCCCAGCAUCAGGGACUGGCUCAUGCUGGCCAAGCGCGUGCUCACCAUCAAGCUAGAAGACAACUCCAGCCAAGGCGACGACAUAGACGACGACGACGACCAGGUGCAGUUCCACGCCGACGACACCUCCACACACCCGCCGGUACAGUCGCGCUGGAGCACCCGGGUAUUCGCGAUGGAGUGCGUCCAGAAGAUAAUGACGAUGUGUGAGGCGUCGGGCGAGCCCGCGCACUUCGACCUCGUCAAGGCCAAGGAGAAGCUCGCCACUAAUCCUGAAGGCGACUACCUAUCCCUCCAUCUAUCUGACCUGGUGCGCAUGGCUUUUGUCGGCGCUACUGGCGAGGCCGACGCGCUGCGCCUCAGCGGGCUCAAGACUCUGCAGAUGAUCAUACAGCUGUUCGCCAGGGCGCCCGAGCCCGACUUCCACGGACAUUUGCUGCUGGAGCAAUAUCAGGCGCAGGUGGGUGCGGCGCUACGGCCGGCGUUCUCCGGCGACACGGCAUCCCACGUGACGGCGGCGGCGUGCGAUGUUUGUUCAGCGUGGAUUGGAUGCGGGGUCGCGAGGGAUAUUAAUGAUUUGAGACGGGUGCACCAACUGCUAGUAUCCAGUCUGGUGAAGUUGAAUACCAAGGGGAACACGACGCUCAUCUACAACGAGAGCAUGGCCACGCUGGAGAAACUAUCUAUAUUGAAGGCUUGGGCUGAGGUAUACAUAGUGGCGAUGGUGAGCCACGGCGGCGCGCCGGGCAGCUACGUGCGACAGCUGCACGCGCGCGCCCCUAGCACCCGCGCCGCGCUCGCGCACUGGAGCGCACAGCUCAGCCACAACUCUAACAAGGUGGACAACUCAUCCUACAUGCCAGAAGAGUCGGACGAUGACUUCGGCGACUUUGAGAGCAAGGGCGAGAGUCUACUUCGCCUAGUCGCUCCAGAGCUGGACAGUUUAGGCGACAACUGGCUGGCCGCGCUACGAGACCACGCGCUGUUGAGUCUACCGCCAGAGUUCUCAUCCCAGCUACCCCACGGCGGGGGCGCAUUCUACCUGGCGGAGACGGGAGGGGCGUCCCGCGCCCACUACCGCCGCGCCUGGCCCGCGCUUCUACUAGCCGCCGCGCUCCGGUUCAACAAGCAGACUGCCAGCACAGAUUCCAAAGAGGACGCUGAUAAUAAAGCUGUAAUAACAAAAACUGAGAACGGGAACUGCGAGUUUUUCGAGCCAAUGGACGAACGCUUUCAUUUGUUGUUCGGUAUAUGCAUGGAAGCACUAUGUGCGCAGCGUGACCUGAGUUCAGAGAACACGAUCAAUGUUCUUCAAUCCCUGGUCACACUACUGGACCACGCGGACAACAGGGCUCGGCUGUUGAAGGACAGGGCCCUAGCCAUAGAGGUGUGUCAGAUACUGCACCGCGCCGCUUUAACCCAGGAGAGCGUGGAAGCGCUGCUAUUGGCUGCCGACGCACUGAAGCUAGUCAUCAUUGGCGCCAAGGAGCAGCUAAAUGCCAAGAUGGAGGCUAAGAUGAAAGAACUAGCCCCCUCCGAGACCCCCACGCCGCCGGCAGUGCUCGAAGCGAUCCACACUCUCGGCGAGGGCGGCGUCACCGGCACCCUGGCUGCGGACUCCUCGCUGGCGUUUGCGGGCGUGGAGGCGGCGCUUCAGCUGCUGCUGCGCCGGCUGCCGGCGCUCAGCCCCACCGCGCAGCACCGCUCCGUGGGCGUCAUAGGGGAGAGGCGAGGCCUGGGCGUGCAUGGAGACACCCUGCUAAUCAAGAGUCUGAGCUGUCUGAGCGAGCUGCCCAACUUAACUAGUCCACAAGGCGCACUAUCAAUCCUGCCGACGAUCCUGUACCUGGCGACAGGCGUGCUGCAGUGGAGCGACGGAGACGGCGACGUCGCUUCGGCAGCUAUCCUGCUCUUACAGGCGGCGGCGGAGACUCGUUGCGUGCGCGUGCACGAGGAGACGGCGCGCCAGCACUCGCAGCUGCUGCACAGCACCACGGACAAGCUGCUCACACUCGUCAAAAACGACGAGCCUGGCCAGAGUAUCUCAGCCUUACUGGGCGCGCGGGCCAUGGCGGCGCUCAUACCGCACGCGGCGCCCGCGCCCGCGCUGCACUACCCCUGCAUCAACCACUUCCGACAGUGUCUGGACGAGCCCAGCCACGAGACGUUUGCGGCAUGCUGCGCCGUAGUUCGCAACAUCUGGUCUUCAUCAGCGAGUCCCGAGUGCGUGUCGUGGUGGGCGCGCGCGCUGGCGCCCAGACUCAUCGCCCGUGCUGCUGCUGCCAAGUACCCAGUGGACGCAUCUCACACUAAAGCAGCCGUGGCAGCGUUGACUGCCCUGACAGAUCUAGUGGAUGUGGCGCCUGAUGACACAGCCCAAGACGGAGGUCAUAGAGGUGUAGGCAUGCUCCGCCUCCUCAUCCCGGUAGUAGCGUCGUGGCUGCGCGCGGGCGCCGCGCUGGGGGCGGCGGCGGGGCAUGAGCGCGCGCUGCAUCACGCUGCGCUGGCUCACCUUACUAGCAUCGCUGCCAAGUACCCACAGGAAUUCAAGACAAUGAUGCAGCAAUCAGGGGAGCUCCGCCUCAAACUCGAGGCAGCCGUGAAGGCGAGCCAGCAGCACGGCAGCAGACAGCGCAGCGCGCCGCAGAGACCCGUGUUCGACACCCGGCCGGCCCGGCCUACUAUCGAACUGAAGACUGACUUCAGCGACUUUAGGUAAACUGGCUAAUGGAUCUAUGUACAGCCUGUUUGCACGG